GCCCGCCCCGCCCCCCCGCCGCCGAAGCGCUGUAGUCCCUCAGCCUAGGCGGAAGACCGCUUGAGGCGACGCCUUCGCUACCCCGCUGCGCUUGGUCUCGGUGCCCGCCCGCGAGCGAUGGUUCGGCGGAGCGCGCGGAGCAGGGCGGCGCAGCGGCGAGCAUGAAGGAGGAUGGAAGGGCAGGACGAGGUGUCGGCGCGGGAGCAGCACUUCCACAGCCAAGUGCGGGAGUCCACGAUAUGUUUUCUUCUUUUUGCCGUUCUUUAUGUUGUUUCCUACUUUAUCAUCACAAGAUACAAGAGAAAAUCAGAUGAACAAGAAGAUGAAGAUGCCAUAGUCAACAGGAUUUCGUUGUUUCUGAGCACCUUCACUCUUGCUGUUUCAGCUGGGGCUGUUCUGCUUUUACCCUUCUCAAUAAUCAGCAACGAAAUCCUGCUGUCUUUUCCUCAGAACUACUAUAUUCAGUGGCUGAAUGGCUCCCUGAUACAUGGUUUGUGGAAUCUUGCUUCUCUCUUUUCCAACCUUUGUUUAUUUGUGUUGAUGCCUUUUGCCUUUUUCUUUCUGGAAUCUGAAGGUUUUGCUGGCCUGAAAAAAGGAAUCCGAGCCCGUGUUUUGGAGACGCUGGUCAUGCUGCUGCUUCUUGCGUUACUGAUUCUCGGCAUAGUGUGGGUGGCUUCGGCGCUGAUUGACAAUGACGCAGCUAGCAUGGAGUCUUUAUAUGAUCUCUGGGAGUUCUAUCUACCCUAUUUGUAUUCCUGUAUAUCAUUGAUGGGAUGUUUGUUACUUCUCUUGUGCACACCAGUGGGCCUCUCCCGCAUGUUCACAGUCAUGGGUCAGUUGCUAGUGAAGCCAACAAUUCUUGAAGACCUGGAUGAGCAAAUUUAUAUUAUUACCCUAGAGGAAGAAGCACUCCAGAGACGGCUAAAUGGGAUGUCUUCAUCAGUGGAAUACAACCUAAUGGAGUUGGAAGAAGAACUUGAAAAUGUAAAGACUCUUAAGACAAAACUAGAGAGGCGGAAAAAGGCUUCAGCAUGGGAAAGAAAUUUGGUGUAUCCUGCUGUUAUGGUUCUACUUCUUAUCAAGACAUCCAUCUCAGUCCUUUUGGUGGCGUGUAAUAUUCUUUGCCUGUUGGUUGACGAAACAGCAAUGCCAAAGGGAACAAGGGGUCCUGGAAUAGGAAAUGCCUCUCUCUCUACUUUUGGUUUUGUGGGAGCUGCACUUGAAAUCAUUUUGAUUUUCUAUCUUAUGGUGUCUUCCGUUGUUGGUUUCUAUAGCCUCCGAUUUUUUGGAAACUUUACACCCAAGAAGGAUGACACAACCAUGACAAAGAUCAUUGGGAAUUGUGUAUCAAUCUUGGUCUUGAGCUCUGCUCUGCCUGUGAUGUCUAGAACACUGGGAAUCACUAGAUUUGACCUACUUGGAGACUUCGGAAGGUUUAACUGGCUGGGCAAUUUCUAUAUUGUCCUGUCCUACAAUUUACUCUUUGCCAUUGUGACAACAUUGUGUCUGGUCAGAAAAUUCACCUCUGCUGUACGAGAAGAACUUUUCAAGGCCCUAGGGCUUCAUAAACUUCACUUAUCCAAUACUUCAAGGGAUUCAGAAGCAACCAAACCAUCUGCAAAUGGGCAUCAGAAAGCACUGUGAGACCCACAGUGGGCAAGCAUUCUGCAAACAAGAGUCCGGAGAGGUCCAAACUCAUGACAUUCCCGCCUGCCAGAUUUGUGGAACAUUUUCACACUGACCUUGGUGCAUGUUUAGGGCCUGGGCCUAGAAGUAUCUUUUCAUUAUAAUCUAAGAACUUGGCUAUUGGUGAUCUUGUUUUUUAAAUUCAGCUUUCUGGUAAACCUUGUAGUUGCCAGUUCAGCAUAGAUUCCUGGAGACAUAUGGGAAAGCACACGCAUCUAUGGCUUGCAUCAGUAAAUACAUCAUCCUGAUAUGAAAGCCAUGUUAGAAAUGGCAAACUGUGAGACUUUCUGAAAUCCAUUCAUUCCCAUUAUGUGUCUUACUUAGCAUGGAGACACCUACCUACCUGAAAGGCUCCCUGGCGCAAAGGGAGGUUUCCAGGCCCUUCAGAGACUGCUUGUAGAGGCUGUCACUUCAGUAGCUGCACUGGAACUACAAUAAUUGCAAAUUUAUUUUUUAUUUCCUUAAGAAAAACAUAGUUUCCAGUUUAGAUUACAGAAUUUUCACUAGACUUUGAGCCAACGAGAAAUACUAAGUCCUUUUCAACCCUGAGCUGUGGUGACAAGCCGCAGGAGCAUUUUGUGUUUGCUCCAGGAAGCUCUGAUGAGCACUGCAUCAUCACGCUGAGGGACAGCUGACUGUAUGACUCAGUAUUACCUCUUAUAGCACAGUUACCGGUGUUGGGUACACUUGUAACUUAGACUUUGCCUUAUAGGCUAUGUGUAUACUCACUUUUUUAAAGGAUUCUUUUAAAAAAUCACUUAAUCCUCUGUGCUUCUGUGAUGUUUAUGAGAAAUUUCAGUGCUGAAUGGUAGAAACGCCUUCUUUCCUCACAUUCUUCAGGCUUUGGUUACUUUUGUAUACACCAAUUUACGCCUCCGACUUAUAAAAGUUACCAGCUCAACACCCAGAGUUUACAGAGUCGGCAUUCUUGAUGUGAGAAUAGGUUUACACUGUAACAUAAUCUGAUAAUCAUUCAGCUAUUACAUUGUAAAUAAUCAUUGGGAUGGUUUCUUGACUCUUAAGUCCACUGAUAAAAAACCAUUAGCAUAUGCUCUGCAUUGUCACCCACUAGGAUAGGAUCCUGAGCACUGUGCAUGCAAAAAUACUAGGUCGGCCCCUUUGCACACAGUUCAUAGUUCCGUGAUCUGUACAAAUAGGUAUGUUCACAUGCACCAUGUGUAUGGCAAUAGGUUGUCUGUGUUCAGACAAAGGUAAAACAACAUUUUUCUCAAAUUGUUGAAUUUAAAGGGUUUUUUGGGGGAGGAAUUUAUAAAAAAUAGGCUGUAUCUGUUGACAUAAAAAAUUUUCACAUAGAACCAAACAAUAAGAAAAUCUAAUCUGUACUGUAUAUAUUUAUAAAUUCCAUUGAGUAUACUUCUCAUUUAUACGUCUGCAUUUCCUUCUAAGUGUCUCAUCUUUUGAAACUGCAGCUUAGCUUUAAAAUAAGAGUGUUUACUUUUUGGUUCCAAGCGACACUCAGCACAUGCCACCCGUCUAGUAUUGGUGGAUUUCUCAGUAUAAGAUCUAUAUGCUAGAAACUGAAUAAAAAGUCACCUGCUUUGUAAUUUCACUGUUAAUUCUGUCUACAUUAGUAUUCAUUGCAAGCUUUGAUUUUUUACUGAAUCUUGGAGUCCACACUUUGAGCAGACCAAGUCCAGGGGAGAACAGAAAGACACUCAGGAGUACACUAAUAUCACUUCUACAUCAGUGUCAGGGCACAUCCAGUGAAAGAGUUCCUGGGCAUUUGUAAGAUGUCUGAAAGUUUUCUAGUAAAAUAUUAAACUUUUCAUUUGUCUAUGUCUCAA